AUGUUAUUCCUCGGAGUUGUGGCUCUCCUCGCGGGUGCGAGUCCCGCCCUGGCGGAGAUCACCUCCAGCCUGCAGAGCAUUCUGGACAACACCCACGGCAGCACAGACUACCGGUAUCCGACAGAUCUUACAAGAGAUCUUUUACCUAUUCCUGUUCAUUCUCAUAAUGACUACUGGCGUAAAGAGCCUUUCUAUACUGGCCUGUCACACGGCUGUACAUCUACCGAAGCUGAUGUCUGGCUGUACAACGGCACACUCUAUGUGGGCCACGAUCAAUCCGCACUGACGAAGUCACGAACUCUCGAAUCCCUGUAUAUCAAUCCAAUUCUCGACGUUCUAGCGCGCCAAAACCCCGAGAGCCCAUUUGUGACAUCACCUACCAAAAAUGGCGUCUGGGACACCGUCCCAGAGCAAACACUCUACUUCUUCAUCGACGUGAAAACCUCCGGGCCGGAGACAUUCAAAGCCGUCAUCGCCGCCCUAGAACCUCUACGCGAGAAGGGCUACCUAACCACCGUCAAGGACGGCAAGAUCACCAAUGGGCCCGUCACUAUCAUCGGCACGGGCGAGACACCGCUCGACAUGGUCGCGCCCGUCAAAGACCGGGAUUACUUUUUCGAUGCGCCUCUCGCGAACCUGAAUGAUCCUGAAUACGCUAAUAUCACUGGUGUUGUGUCGCCGGUUGCUUCGACUGAUUUUCAGGAAGCUGUUGGCAAGAUCACGGUUGAUACGGAUCCGAUCCUGAAGGAUGAGCAGCUGAAGAAGCUGAGGGAGCAGAUUGCUGUCGCUAAUGAGAGGGGCAUUGGGGCUAGAUAUUGGAAUACGCCGUAUUAUCCGAUUCGGACGAGGAAUUUGGUUUGGAGGACUCUGCUAAGGGAGGGUGUUAUUCUUCUUAAUGCUGAUGAUUUGGAUGCUGUUGCCUCAUUGUUCUAG